AGCUUUAGGGUUUAGUUCAGAAAUUUGUUCUUCUUCAUCGUCUACUAUCCUUUAUCCUCUGUAAUCUUCCAUUUGAGAAACUAUCUGUAAUCCUUGGGUUUUAGAGUAAUAUAUUGGAAAUCUUUCUUUCAAUUUCUACUAUAUUUCCCUUGUAUUUUCUCUAGAGGAAUUUAUUGAGAGCUAAUUGGGGCUUUCUUUAUUUUUCUCACUUAUCUUUCAUUUUAUCUGCAUCACUGUCUGGGACAAAGAUAAAGAAGAUGAGUCAAAUUAAAAUGAUGGAGAAUUCAUCGUUCUUUUACUGUCAUUUGUACUUCUAUCCGGAUUGUUCUGCCAAGGCCCAAAAGGCUAAAGCACAUCAAACUUGUAUCUUGCCAUGGCAAUCCUCAAGAGAGAUGCACUUCUGAAAAAUUAAGAGAAGCCUGACAGAUCCAUCAGGGAGACUUAUCAAGAUGGGGCUUUAUGCCAGCGUUACUCCCUGGAUUUUUGGGGAGACUGUGGGGCAUUGGUCUUUAAGAAUUCCCAGUGGCUUGCUUAUUUCCGAUUCAUCGAUGACAUGAAAUAUGCUUGUCUCAGUGGAGUUAGCUCGCUUUGAGGAAGAUAGACGAAGCCCAAGAGAAUAAAGGGUUUAAUUUUGU